CGUACUGUUUUAACUCCAGAAAUGUGAAUCGCUGUUUGACAUUUAUAAUCAUAUUUAUUAUGUAAAAUGUCCAUAGAUUGAAAUCUACCAUUACACAAUAGCGACCGCUGUGCGUUGUUCUGAUGCAAUAUUUUCUGCAAGUGUCGAGUGGAUAUAUAUAUAUGCCUAUCGAUGGAGCAGCAUGUCCACAUGACACCUGACCGUGACGUGCCAAGGUGAGCGUCAGCGAGGGAAUUGAAAGUAAUCAAAUAUGGAAGGCGCAGUGGAGACGCCGCGGGUUCCGUGUGCGAACAGGCUGACCUGUUUGAUGUUGACCUCGAAUAGUCUGGAAGAUCUGCGCGGCGCGAUCAACGCUCUGUUCGACGUGUUCGUGUCGAUCGCGGAGCAGCCGUUCGCGUACAGCUCCAACUUCACACACGCAGACGUCCUCCGACAACUGCAGGAGGUGGAUGCUCAGAAAUGGUCUGACAUUCGUGCCAGAUACCUCAAAGAUCCGCUCGAGGAAUUCUGCAACGGGACGUUCUCCAAUUCCAACAUGUCCGACUCGGCCAGGAUACUGCUCGACUUUAUUCAGUUGAUGGAUGCGUUUCAGCAGUCGAUGACAGAAAAGUUACAGGAAUACCAGGCGCUUAUCUCCCAACUGAAGGAUGAAAAGCAGACACUGGAAAGGCAGUAUUUCGACGGCGAGAUAAAGUACCGGGAUGAGAGGAUCUCUCACAGCAUGGAGAGUAUGGAGCUGAAGAAAGUCAAGUGCUCCAUCCUCUACUACGAGUCCGUCGUGCUGGAGAAGAGCAACAAGAUCGCUGAACUCCAGAGAAUGAACACCGUACAACUGUGGGAGAGAGAGAAGAGAAGAAUACUGGAAGACGCGAACAUUCAGAUUGAUAAGUUGAAUACGGAGCUAGCUGAGUCAAGAAAGAGUAACGAGAUUGCCAUGAAAAAAAUCCACACGCUCGAGGAGCACCUGAAGGUGACGAAGUUGCGACAACAGAGAGAUCUGGGCGAGAGGCAGGACGCCGGGACAGGCUGCGACCAACUCAGACGAGCCAACUACCUAUUGGAAAAGGAUCUCAAUUUUCUGGAGGGUGAGCUGUACAAACAGCAGAAGAACACGGUGGCGGCGGUGUUGGGAAUAAAGACGGAUGUUGCCAUCCUUCAGGAGGCGUGUCGCGAUUCCAAGACCAACGAGACGACAGACAGGGACAUCAAGAACCUGCUGAGACGCGUCGAGUUCGUGUACCACGCCAUAAAAGACGGAGAGCUGCACACGAGGAAAGCCGAGUUACUGCCGCACUAUUUACACCUGCCUAGAGACGUGAAGCUGACCAAAUUCAAGAGGCUAUCGAGUAAACCUGCGUGUCCCUCGAAAGCAGUGGGCGAAAGUGAAGACUCGAGCUGUAACGGUAACGGCCACGUGUUACCGUACUCUUUACCGUCACGUGAACACGGUCCCAGCGUGCACCCGAUCCGCUCAGCUGUUGAACACUGGGCCACGGUGGAGACGAAGCUCGACUCUCUGAAGACGACAGUUGAGAAUCCGGUGAUAGUGAACGACAAUGGCACGCUCAUGGGUAUGGAGUGUCUGAAACAUUUCCCAUCAAUGUCGAAAUCCUUUAUACAAGACCACUUGAACCAGUUCCAGGAGUAUGAUCGGAAUGGAGACGGAACGCUCGACUUCCAGGAGGUGAUUAAGGCGAUCAACGGGAUGGGAGUGAGAUUCUCAGCAACACAAGCAGAGGAAGCCAUGCGUGAAGUUGACACUAAUGGAUCAAGAACACUGGAUUUUUAUGAAUAUUUGCAAGUCGCUGACAAACUGUUCAGUAAGAAAGGUCAUGCUCAUCUGCUGAGGACUGGGAUUGCUCAGACACACAACAAGAUAGUCGCCAAGACGUGUGUCGUCCAGUGAUCACUCCUUCUCGUUAUAGCAGACAGACAGACAGACAGGCAGACAGACAGUUUAUUAAAGUAUCAUCUCAUAAAACAGAAUAAAAUGCAGCAUACAGCAGACAAGACGUGUGAUUCGUCGCUCAAGUUAAACAUAGCGUAUGUUAUUCAGUUAUCACUGGUCACUUGUAAUGUGCCUGUGAUUUAAGAUGUAACAUGUGUUAUUCAGUU